AGAGUACGUUUAACAUGGAGAGCAAAAGGAUGGUGUUUGAGGUGUUCAACGAGAUGCUAAACACGGUACGAGAGUCUAGCCGGCGAAACCCCGAGCUGCCUUCCAAGGUUGUCCGUGAUGGAGAGCAUUACGAGAAGAUGCUAGCUGAGUUACAGUCCCCAAAUAUUUCCUUCAGUGGCGAACAGGGAUUCGGAAGGUAUUUAGAUUUGAAUGAAAUUUAUAACAUGUUUAUCAAUUCUAAAUUUGGUUUGUACUUUACUUCAUAUGCUGAUUAUAUUGAUAACUUUCCUGCGAUUGAUUUGAUUCCUGCAAAAUACAAGGCUUCUCGACAGUACAAGGAGUACAUCGAAAGUGUUCUUAAGUACUUGAUUUCGUUCUUGGAACGAGCAAAGCCUUUGAUGUUCUUGGACAGGAUUUUCAAGAAUCUUGAGUCUGAAUUUGAGGAGAGUUGGACGGUUGAUAGAGGGAAAAAACGGCCUAGGACAAGGAGUAUCGAUGAUGUGAACGAGUGGCUCGAUGAACAUAGCACUGUCGAGAGUUUAAUUGAGUUAGGAUCGAUGAAACUUAACGAGGCGUUAAACGCAUUGGGGCUUAAGUCUGGGGGUACUAUGCAUCGAAGGGCAGAGAGGCUUCUCCUUGUGAAGAAUAUCCCCCUCGAAAGGAUGGAUCGAAAGCACUUAAAGAAGGAAAAAGGCGAUGAUGAACUUGAUUGUUGUAAAGAAAUUGCGCUCAUUGAAGCGAAAGUUAACAAGCUGUGUGAAAUUCUAAAAGAGACUCUUAAGCGGACUAGGGAACGCAUAAAGAACAGGCAGGGAAUGAGUUUUGAUGAACUCGUUUGUGAUCGUGAAGCUGAUAAUGAGAUAGUUGCACUCGACAUAGAAAGCAAUGGAGAAGAGGACGACAAAAGAAACAAUAAUAAUCCGCUCAAAUUGCCAAUAAGUUCGGAUGGGAAGCCUAUACCGUAUUGGCUCUACAAGCUUCACAGUCUUCAUCAAGAAUUCAAUUGCGAAAUAUGCGGGAACUACACCUACAAGGGCCGAAGGGCCUUUGAAAAGCACUUCCAUGAAGCGCGUCACCAACAUGGUAUGCAUUGGUUGGGUAUCCCUAACACCAAGAGCUUUCAUGAGAUCACUCGAAUCGAUGAUGCCAAGGAGCUGUGGCGGCAGAUUCAACACAGGCAAGAGUCUUUCUUAUGGCAGCCUGAUGUUGAAGAAUACGAAGAUGCCGAGGGUAACGUUUACAACAAGAAGACCUACAGAGAUCUUGUUAGACAACAGCUAAUUUGAUUUAACAUUAAUUAUACAUCCUUAGUACAAUUA